CAUUCAAAAAAUAACCUAAUCCAUAACCAAAAAGUGAUGGACCUGGGAAUAUCUAAAUUAUAUAAUGAUGAUGUUACAAGGACUAGGUCACGCGAAUUAAAAGGUACAAUCACUUAUUUAGAACUGCAGUGUAUUUUGAACCCGACGUAUGAGUGUGCCUUUAAAUCGGAUAUCUAUAGUAUCGGUGUGUUGUAUUGGGAAUUAACUACGGGAAGAUCACCUUUCCAAAACGCAAGUACACAUCAAAUUCUUCUAAAUAUAUCUCUCGGUCUUCGAGAAGACCCAAAUCCGGUUACACCCAUUGAAUAUGUAAACCUUUACAAAAAAUCUUGGGAUCUAUUUCCAGAAAAUCGGCAGCAAUUAAAUGAAGUUUAUAAUAUUGUUAGCAACAUAAUGUCGGAGGCUGACAAAAAAUUUGACGAAUAUAUUCUUAAAACCGAACAAUAUAUUUCUGAGUCUAAUACAAUGAUUGCAAAUCUGUUUCAAGAGUUCAUAAUCUUGUAUACUACGGAUAUGGCUACUAAUUCUGACGAUACUGCAAAUGACCAUCGUGAGACAAUUCUAGCAUAUUUUUAUAUGAAAGGAUUUGGGACAAAUAAAGACUAUGAAAAAUGUUUAUAUUGGUGUAAAAAAGGUUGCGCGAAAAAGAAUGUAUAUUCUUAUUAUGAGGCUGCCUUCUGUUACGGAUACAGUCUUAGUAUUUCUGAAAAUUAUAAUGAAGCUUUUCGUUAUUUUAAUUUAGCAGCAGGUGGUGGAGUAUUAAAAGCAAAGCGUGAGCUUGCCAUAAUGCAUAUGAAUGGAAUGGGUUGUGAAGAAAAUAAGGCUAAGGCGUUUUGCUUAUUCAAAGAAGCUGGAGAGCAAGAUAAAAUAGCAUGCUGCAUGAUUGGUGAUUGCUCUUAUGAUGGCAUUGGAAUAGAAGUAAAUUUAAUCGAAGCUUUAAAAUGUUACAAAAUUUGCUGGAAAAAAUGGGAAUACCCAAAUGCAGUAAUACGAAUACCUCUAAUCGAAGCAAAACUAGAAGACAUUCGCCUGAUUGAU